AGAGACCCACACGUAAACCGACACUCCCCUUGAACACAUGCACCAGCGCACUGACAGUCUGACCAGUGCCGCCCAGCCGCCUGAAGCACAGCGCCCGCUGUUUGCAUGUGUUCACCCCCCCUUGGACUUGUUGGGAGGGGGGAGAAGUUUACCCAAAGACCAGCCUGGAUCCCUGAGAGAGACGAUGCCUUUUUCCUCCACACCGGUCUCACGAUUCUUCAGUGGAUUUGCUGAUUCCCACAAUUAACCUCGCAAGUUAUUCAUCGGGAGUGGGGCGAGAUUUCGAGCCAGAGGAUGCUCCCACAGGUCAUUCGGAUACUGUAUGUCUUGUCUUUCUGCUUUUUCCAAGGAGUCUUUAUCAGACUGAGCUCCUGUAAGGAGGAGAUAAAGCACCCCAGCAGACAAGAGCUUUCACCUUCUGACUUCCUGGACAAACUCAUGGGGAAAACAUCAGGAUAUGAUGCACGGAUCAGACCCAACUUCAAAGGUACAGCGUACGCCAUGGACUACAGGCUCAAUGUCUUUCUACGGCAAAAAUGGAACGACCCUCGUCUGGCAUACAGCGAAUACCCCGAUGACUCCCUCGAUCUGGAUCCAUCCAUGUUGGACUCUAUCUGGAAACCUGAUUUAUUCUUCGCAAACGAGAAAGGAGCCAAUUUCCAUGAGGUCACUACUGAUAACAAGCUGCUACGCAUUUUCCAAGAUGGCAGCGUUCUUUACAGUAUCAGGCUGACUCUUACCCUGUCUUGCCCUAUGGACUUGAAGAAUUUCCCAAUGGACAUUCAGACCUGUACCAUGCAGCUUGAAAGCUUUGGUUACACGAUGAAUGACUUAAUCUUUGAGUGGCUGUCUGAGAACCCCGUUCAGGUGGCCGAUGACCUCACCCUCCCUCAGUUUGUGCUAAAAGAAGAGAAGGAUUUGGGCUACUGCACUAAGCACUACAACACAGGUCAGUUCACCUGCAUUGAGGUGAAGUUCCACCUGGAACGUCAGAUGGGUUACUACUUAAUCCAGAUGUACAUCCCUUCCCUUCUCAUUGUUAUCCUCUCAUGGGUGUCUUUCUGGAUAAACAUGGAUGCUGCACCAGCCAGAGUUGGUCUGGGCAUCACCACAGUACUUACAAUGACCACACAGAGCUCCGGUUCAAGAGCCUCUUUGCCCAAGGUGUCUUAUGUGAAGGCCAUUGACAUCUGGAUGGCAGUGUGCCUUUUGUUUGUGUUUGCUGCCCUUCUGGAGUAUGCAGCAGUUAACUUCGUCUCAAGGCAACACAAGGAGUUCAUCAGGCUGAGGAAAAAGCAGCGGCAGCAGAGAAUAGUAACUGCUAUCUCUGUUUGUCCACCAUCCUUUCCAAUGGAGGUAUCUGCUAGUCAGCCUGGGAGCGUUGAGUCGUUGCGAAAAGCCAGUGACAUCCCUGCUAACAACUCAACCUACAGGAGUCUCAAUCAGCACUGCAGCGCUUGUGCCAGGGUAAAAGGACUUUACUUCCGGGGUUAUGGCCUGGGUCACUGCCUGCAGACCAAGGAUGGCACUGCUGUGGAAGGAGCCAGCGUGUUCACCCCACCGCCACCUCCGAUUACCAUGUUUGAUGGAGGAGUGCUUCACAAGCGUUUCGUGGACCGAGCCAAACGAAUUGACACCAUAUCCAGAGCCGUUUUCCCCCUGAGCUUUCUCAUAUUUAACAUCUUCUACUGGGUCACCUAUAAAGUGCUGCGACAUGAAGACAUCCAUGCAAAUUUGUAAAACACUCUGCCAGUCUGGGAUGUUGUUGUUUGUUUGUUUGUUUGUUUGUUUUCUCGAAACCAAAACUGCCUGUCAAUCUACAUUACAGUGAGGAACCGUGUCAAACGGCACAUCUGCUUCUCAGAACCACUGCUAAAAAUAAAAAUGUUGUGCUCAGGUGCGUCUUCAGGAUCGUGGACAUAGAGCAGAAACUCGAUUAUGCUGCGUGGUUUCUGGCUGUUGUGUGCAUUCCUGUCUUGGAUUGAGUUGCCUGGAUUACAGCAGAGACGAGACACUGACGGUACUUCUGGGUUCAUGACCUUUGCUUCAAAAGAUGGAUAAAUGAUUUCAGCGAAGUUGGUCCUGGCUGAACAAGACAUUCUGACUUGAAUUUUGACACUACCCAGCUUUGAAUGAAUGUUUUUGAAAAUAUUUUUUUUAAACAACUUUAACAAAUGGGUGCAAACAGUCCGGGCGGGGCGGGGAGGGGGCUCUUUGAUAUUUCUGACUAUUCAGUACGUGAUGAUCAUUCAGUUUAAGUAUCUGUAACAAGAGAUUAUACAUAAUGGUGUAUAAAAGUGUAUAUAACAAAGCUGUUCAUUAUACUGCACAAAGCACAAAUAUGUAUUUCCUUUUGUCUAAAUUUAAAUAAAUUAAAUAAAUUGUUAUU